AUGAAUCGUCAUGAAUCAUUUUAGCGUAAUGAAGUUAUUCCCACGAAACUCUUUAUAAAGGAUAUCGUUCCCAACGAUUUAAAAUUACCAAAAAGUUUGUUUAAAAAACUUCUUUUAAUAGGUAAAAAUUUUAAAAAUGAAUUUUGAUGAUUCUUUUCGUCGAAUGCGACGUACAUUCGACGACUUCUUUAAUGACCCGUGCUAUCGUAAACCUGCGAUUGAUGUUUAUAACAAGUCUGAUGAAUAUGUUUUGCACGCUGAUGUUCCGGGAAUACAAAAAUCUGAUGUUAAUGUUGAACUUGUAGGUGACAAUAACCUAGUCAUCGAAGGUGAAUUUAAACCAUAUAAAGGUUUCGAUAGAAAUAAAUUACUUGUGAAUGAACGUGAUUGUGGAAAAUUCCGUCGAGAGAUUUUUUUAUCUUGUGAUCUACAAGUUGAUAAGAUGUCUGCUGUGAUUGAAAAUGGAAUCUUGGAAGUUAGGCUUCCUAAAGCUCAACGAACCAGCUCUACCGGUAGAAAGAUCGAGAUCAAUUAAUUAUUAUGAGAGUGGUUUUCUAGAUGACACUUAUAGAAUAUGAAAUAUGUAAAUCAAUAGCAUAGCUGAUAGCUCUCAUUUAAUUUUACACAAAUUGGUCUAAAUAUUUGUUUACAAAUAAUUGAAUGUGUUAUUUUAAGAAUGUUUUCAACCAAUAAAUCCCUUGUAAUUUACCAUGUCCAGUUUAUGAUUUUUUAAUUCAAUAUCUAUAUUUGUCAUUGUUUAUUUUUUUUCGCCCUAAAACAUUCGAUCAGUGUUGACAAGCAUGG